AUGAUGCAUACGUCUGAUGCGGAAGAUCUAAACAUGUGGUUGCAACGAGAUCAAGAGGAAGGCGAAGAGUCUCCAUUUGAUUCGAAACGCAAGAAAAAGGGCAAGGGUUCCUCUUCCGGAAAAUCGGAUUCUACUUCUGCGACCACAGAUUCUACGAAAAGUACUAAAAAAUAUAAGGGCAAAAAAGGUGGUGGUAAGAAGAAAGACAAAUCUAAAUUGAAAGAUAAAUCGAAAGAUAGCGGCGAUUCCGAUAAAUCCAAAGGUAAAGAAAAAUCCGAUAAACUUAAGAAAAAAGAUAAAUCUGAUAAACUUGAGAAGAAAGAUUUAUCUGACAAGACCAAAGGCAAAGAACUAUCCGAUAAAUCAAAGGACGAAGAUGAUAACAUGAACGGCAAGGAAAAAAUUACGGACAAGGAUGACUCUGAUAAGAGCAAAGGCAGAGAAUCUUCUGAAAAACCUGAGAAAGAAAGUUCAGAUACAUUGAAAGGCAAAGAAAGCUUAGAUAAAUUGAAAAUCAAAGAAAGUUCCGAUGAACUGAAAGACAAAGAAGGUUCCGAUAAAUUGAAAGGAAAAGAAAGAUCCGAUAAAUUGAAAGGUAUUGAACAUUCUGAUAAAUCUAAGGACGAAGAUGACGCAGAAAAAUCCAAAGGCAAAGGACUUUUUGAUAAGACUAAGGGCAAAGAAAUGUCGGGCUCGACGUUGGGGGACGCGUCUUCGACCACAAAGAAGAAAUCGACCGUUACCAUUGCUCCAUUCGGUAGCGAGUCUAUGGGGAAAUCGGAUACUUCAGAUACGGAUCUUGGUAGGAAAUCGAGUUCCAGUAAGAAAUCGAGCAAGUCCUCCAUAACCCUAAGAGGCUCCGGAAUGGGAUCCAUUAGGAAGUCGAUCGCGAAGACACCGAAGACCAGACCUCUUAUGAAGAAAGUAGACAGUGAGGUUCAGACUGAAUUGACUGUGCUGCAGAAGAAGAAAGGAUCUGUGUUGUAUACUCGAGUGUCCCAACCUCAGAUUGGGAGAAGAACUCUUCCUCCUCUGCGUCCUAGAUCUUCCACCAAAAGAGCAUCAACGCUGCCUUCUCCUCGAGAUCGACAAAGAUCGCUGUCCAGAAGAUCGUCUAAGAGAGUUUCAACGGCUUAUUCCCGACAAUCUAAAGAUCUGGCUAAUCGUAGAAGCAGAGGGGCGUCUAUGCGAACGGCAGGUGGUAACUAA